AUGGGCCAGGCGGCCUGGAAGGGGUUUGUGCUGUCUCUGUUCGACUAUAAGACUGCAAAGUUCGUGGUCGCCAAGAGCAAGAAGGUGGGGCUGCUCUACCGGGUGCUGCAGCUCAUCAUCCUGUUGUACUUGCUCAUAUGGGUGUUUCUGAUAAAGAAGAGUUAUCAGGACAUUGACACUUCCCUGCAGAGUGCUGUGGUCACCAAAGUCAAGGGGGUGGCCUAUACUAACACCACGAUGCUUGGGGAACGGCUCUGGGAUGUAGCAGACUUUGUCAUUCCAUCUCAGCGUGAAGGCAUCCCUGAUGGCGAGUGUUCUGAGGAUGAUGACUGUCACGCUGGGGAGUCUGUUGUAGCUGGGCACGGACUGAAAACUGGCCGCUGUCUCCGGGUGGGGAACUCUACCCGGGGAACCUGUGAGAUCUUUGCUUGGUGCCCAGUGGAGACAAAGUCCAUGCCAACGGAUCCCCUUCUAAAGGAUGCCGAAAGCUUCACCAUUUUCAUAAAGAACUUCAUUCGCUUCCCCAAGUUCAACUUCUCCAAAGCCAAUGUACUAGAAACAGACAACAAACAUUUCCUGAAAACCUGUCACUUCAGCUCCACAAAUCUCUACUGUCCCAUCUUCCGACUGGGGUCUAUUGUCCGCUGGGCAGGGGCAGACUUCCAGGACAUAGCCCUGAAGGGUGGUGUGAUAGGAAUCUAUAUUGAAUGGGACUGUGACCUUGAUAAAGCUGCCUCUAAAUGCAACCCACACUACUACUUCAACCGCCUGGACAACAAACACACACACUCCAUCUCCUCUGGGUACAACUUCAGGUUCGCCAGGUAUUACCGUGACCCUAAUGGGGUAGAGUUCCGUGACCUGAUGAAAGCCUACGGCAUCCGCUUUGAUGUGAUAGUUAAUGGCAAGGCAGGAAAAUUCAGCAUCAUCCCCACAGUCAUCAACAUUGGUUCUGGGCUGGCGCUCAUGGGUGCUGGGGCUUUCUUCUGCGACCUGGUACUUAUCUACCUCAUCAGGAAGAGUGAGUUUUACCGAGACAAGAAGUUUGAGAAAGUGAGGGGUCAGAAGGAGGAUGCCAAUGUUGAGGUUGAGGCCAACGAGAUGGAGCAGGAGCGGCCUGAGGACGAACCACUGGAGAGGGUUCGUCAGGAUGAGCAGUCCCAAGAACUGGCCCAGAGUGGCAGGAAGCAGAAUAGCAACUGCCAGGUGCUUUUGGAGCCUGCCAGGUUUGGCCUCCGGGAGAAUGCCAUUGUGAACGUGAAGCAGUCACAGAUCUUGCAUCCAGUGAAGACGUAGCCAGAGCUCUCGGCAGAGAACAGAUUCGAUGAUUGGGCCAGGACAGGCCACAGCUCUGAACUGACGAGAGGCAUCUCGGUGGGGCCUGCUCAGGAUGAGGCUUCUGAGAAAAGCCCCUCAACUCCACAAAGUUAGGGUGGGAUCCUGCUGCAAACUUUUUUGUUUCACGGAAGGUCUCCUGGUGGCCUAAGUGGCUCAGGAUGCAGGAAGGAGACCCUGGGGCAGGCCCUCAGGGAAGGGGCAGGCCUGGGGUUUCAGUUGGUUUCCGUUCCUGACUCUGAGCCCGCUGGACAUGCGUUUAUUUACACAGGCGUUUACACAUGCGUUUAUUUACACACUUACUGGUGCAUGCAGCACUUUAGCCCGACCUGAGAGGCUUGAGAUGCUGACCUGGCCCCAGGGUAGAAGGCACACAUGUUAACUCUCACCAGAGACAUCAUAGUCAGCCCCACCGGCCUGGCUUCCUCCAGCCUCUAGCCCAGACUUUUUGACAGGUCCCCGCCAAGAAUGAUGGUUGCUCAGUAAAAGCUGUUGGAUGACAUCCAGGAGACACUUAGCUUCGCCCCCAGAUGUAAGAUGUAAAGCUGGCCAAGGAGGCACCUGGAAAACAACUUAGGGAAGAGCAAACUCCCGGGGCUCUUAGGUAAGAUUGGAGAGGGGAGGCAAGUAAGCCACUAGCCUGCUCCAGCCACUACCCAAAGCCUAGAGUAGCUCUGGAAAACUGACUUGCCCAGGUCAGAUGGACUUGUGCAGUUCAGCUCUUGCUGCUUGGUGGUGCUGGGGGUCUCUGUCUGACUUCCUUCCUGCUCCCAGAAGCUCAGCCUUGAUAUGCUGAGAUAAAGGAUGAUUUUCACUGAAAGGCUGUUCCUGACCUGUGUUCCUUCUUCCACUGCAUCUCAUUGCAACCCACUUUGGGUUCCAGGAACCAGCACCCACUCUCCGGAGAGCCUGACAGAAGUGGAGGGUUGCAGGCCUCUCCCUAAUCCCACCCUCUUGAGUUUCUCCAAGUUCUCAAAGUGACUUGCAAGCACACUAUUGUUAAUGCCAACCUGGGUGGCUCACACAUGCUGCCCUGAGGCCAAGAGGGUCCCUCUCCCAUCCCCACCUGCGUUUGUUGUUUUGAGACAAGAGGUCUCUGUAGAACUGGCUAUCCUGGAACUCUCUAUACAGAUCAGGCUGGCCUCAGAUAACUGCCUGCCCUUUCAGUGCUGGGACUAAGGUAUGGGUGUUUUGCCUAGCUUCCCAUCUCCACAUGGAAGACAGCAGUAUGCUCACUUUUUGAUGAGGUAAUACCUAAUCUAAUUCAAAAUUUAAAGGUUCACAACCAUAGAAGUAGCCAGGCAUGGUGGUGAACAACUUUAAUCCCAGCACUUGAAAGGCAGAGGUAGGUGGAUCUCUGAGUUUGAGGACAGCCUGGUCAAUGGAGCUAGUUCUAUGCCAGGAAGGGUUACAUAGUGAGAACUUUUUGUUUGUUUGUUUUUAAUGAGAAAAAGACAUCUCUUUCUAUUAAUCCUUUCAUCUUUCUGAGGAGCAUCUAGCUACCUGGCCAUUCCUUCAGAAAAUGAUCUAUUCCUGUAAGACCAAAUUCCCUGUCAAAAUCAGACCUGGGACACAUUUAAAUACAGGGCUGGGGAGGGGGCUCACUUUCCUCUAUUUCAUGGAUAUCUGGGUGCUUCUGAGAAGUACCCUAUCACAUGCAGGGACCUUGCAGAUGGUAAUCAGAAAGCGUCUGGUAGCUGGGUGAGGUGGUACACAUCUGUAGUGUCAGCAUAUGGGAGGUAGAGGUCGGUCACCUGAGCCAGGAAUUUCAACCUGGGCAACAGAUAGUGAGGUUCCCUUUUAAAAAACAGGGCAGGGGUUGGGGAUUUAGCUCAGUGGUAGAGCGCUUUCCUAGCAAGCACAAGGCCCUGUGUUUGGUCCUCAGCUCUAGGGGGAAAAAAAAACAGGGUGGAGGGCUAACUCAGUGGCUCGGUGGUUAAGAGCAUUGGCUGCUCUUUCAGAAAACCCAGGUUCAAUUCCUAGCACUCACAUGAUAGCUUACAACCUCCUGUAAUUCUAAUUCCAAGGGAAUCAGAUGUUCUGGCCUCUGUGGGUACCAGGCAUGCACUGGUGUAGACAUACAUGCAGGCAAAACACCCAUACCUAAGAAGUAAAAUAAAGGGUUGGGGAUUUAACUCAGUGGUAGAGCGCUUGCCUAGCAAGCACAAGGCCCUGGUUCAGUUCCCAGCUCUGAAAAAAAGAAAGAAAAAAAAAAAAAAGAAAGAAGUAAAAUAAAGGUUUUAGCCUGGUGUGAUGGUACAUACCUUUAACCCCAGCAUGGAGUGGCAGAACAAGUGAUUUAUUUUAUUUAUUUAUUUAUUAUUUAUUUAUUUAAUAUAUGUGAAUACACUGUCUUCAGACACACCAGAAGAUGGCUUCAGAUCCCAUUACAGAUGAUUGUGAGCCACCAUGUGGUUGCUGGGAAUUGAACUCGGGACCUCUGGAAGAGCAGUCAGUGCUCUUAAUCACUGAGCCACCUCUCUAGCUCCUGAACAACUUAAUUUGAGUUGAGGCCAGUCUAGUCUACAGAGCAAGUUCCAGGGCUAGAGAGACUGUCUGGAAAAACCCAAAAUAAGUUAAAAAACAGAGGGGUAGAGAGGAGUUGUUGCUACUGGGGAAGGAGCUUGUGUUAUUCAGAGCAGGACUGACCCCUCAGGACAUCUGGGAUGUCACUGAGCCAUUCAGCUUUCUGAAAGUGAAAACCUGGUUGAUCCAGGUAGGCAGCUGAUUUGUUAAAGCAAACUCAGCAUGCAGCUCCUCGCUCAGGAGAAGACAAGGGGUUCAAAGGUCAUGGCUGUGCAGACCUUGGCUGGUUCCUCCCAGUUUUGAAGUGGCUUGGGGGCAGUCAGACUGCUUGUGUUUUUUUUUUUUUUUUUUUUUUUUUUUUAAAUAUCUGAAUGAAAAUGUCUUUUACUAGUUAUAAACUAGUAAAACAGUAAACUAGUAAAUACUGUUUCUGUUAUGCGUCCUGCUCUUGUUAGGUGUUGGACUAAAUCCUGUAUUGUUCAACAAUACCCAUGGCCCGUCCUCACAUGCUUCCAGUCUGGUGGGUGGUAAACCUUAAUCAUGAAGCAGUCACACUUGUCACCAUGAACUAAAUAGGGUGCUAGGGGACUUAGAAAGACCAUGGAUAUUAUUACAGUCCAUCACAGGGCUGCCCACGCUGCCAGGGUUGCUCUGUACCCUCCCCUUCCCCCUCUUCCACUCCCAACUUCUUGCCUUCUGCAUAACCUUGAUAUAAGGCAGUUCGCCCAGCUUAUACUAAAAAGAAAAGAAAUCCAACUAAAACCAAUGAAUCAAAACCUCCAGGGUCUUCCUCUGUAGCCUAGGCUUGCCUUGAACCCUGAUCAAAACUAUAGCCUCCACAGGUGAAACCAGGCUUUUAACUCAGGAACCUGAACUCCUAAACUUAGGGAAACACUUUUAUUCCUUUCUGGGCACUGCUUGGCUUAUUGGCUUAGCUCAAGAGCUCCUUCCUAUUCUGAUGAACUCUUUGCGUCAGUCCCUAGCCUAAACUGGGCCAUCUAGUAUUGUCCUACAAGUUAUUUCAUACCUUUGGGAGCAUCACAAUGUGGGCCAACAAGAAACCGAUACACUGGGUGUUAUCAAUGUGACAGUCAGCCUUGAAAGAGCACGGUCAUUGCUGCCUUCACCCUUCCUCACUGCCACCAGCUGUCCUCUCAGUGAGGACAUGACUUGUUCCAGGUGUCUGAGCUGGGAACUAGACCACCUUUUGGAGCGGGAUUGGGCUCCACUCCAUCUCACUCAUAUCCUCCAAGGGAUAAGAGUAACUUCUGGGACCUGUCUAACAUAUUUUUGGACACUUUUACUUGAUUUUAAAAUAAUAAAAGGCAUCAAUUUUAAGUUUUCCCCUUUAGAGUUACCCCAUGCAGGGGGAAGACAUUUCUUAAGGUAGAAACAAAAAAAUGUAUGAGACUCUGUUCCUUGUUACCAUGCAGGUUCAUAUCAAAGUGUGGGGAAAUUUUUAAA